AUGCAGGAGAUUCCUCAAAUUGUACGGGACGUCCUCCGCUUGCUCUACUACAAGAAUUUGACACAGAUGUGUUGUCUAGCUGCAGCUUGCAUCGGUGCCUUUUGCUCCGACUACUGGCUACGGCAAGCUGUAUACACGAAUGGUGGUCUCUAUCUGCUUAUUUCGCAUCUCUUUGCUUACGACUUCACUCUUGAGGAUGGUGGAAUAAACCUCUCUGAGAAUACAAAUAUACAGGUGUGCUCUCUCUUCUCCUUAGCUAUAAUUGAGAUCAUUUGUUUGCCUCUACAAUCUAGUCCAAUUGGAAUUUAA